CCGGAACUGUGAGAACGAGCCACGUGACCCGGAACUAGGAGAACGGGCCACGUGACUGUUACGUCACCGCGUCGUCACGACAACCAACUCGCGCGCUCACGACGACGGAUCUCCAGGCUGUGUCCAGGCAGGCCUCAACUCUGGUCCCGUUCGUGGUUGACGUGCGAAUUGAUUGGAGAGGCAAAACUUAAUUGGUGUUAGAACACAACGGGAGGGAUACAACAACAAUACCUCGUCACCACUGUUGGAGAGAAGUCCCGUUUUGGAAAGAAAAAGCGGCCAUGGCUCCCCAGCGCUCCUCGUGCCUCGUGACCGCAGUGCUGCCAACGCUGCUGCUACUGCUGCUCGUCGCCCGCCCGUGCGAGCCGUGCUUCAAGUGCACGGAGGCCAUCGCGGUGCCCCUGAAAGCGCUGCUGAACAGGAUGGAGAUCGACAGGCCCUUCAUUCGCACGAAGACGUACAAGGGCGUGCAGAAUAUUAUCUCCAAGCUGCUGGGAGAACAUUCCAAGCGCUUGAUCUAUUUGUACGAGCAGGUGGAGCAAACCAUGGGCUCCAAGUUUGUGGAGAUGAACAACAGAAUUGGAGACGUUUCCGGUCAGCUGAGUGAAAAACACUAUGCCAUCUACUGGAGAGAACUCGUCAAGUUAUGGAAGGAUUUUCAGGAAGCUUUGAAGACUUCGAAGGAACCGUCAUGCCCUGUCUGUGAACCCACGUAUGUAUCUGCCCUGCGCUGCGAAUCCUGCCAGAAAGAGAAUAAGGAAGUCUGCCUGUCUUAUUGUGAACGAACUAUUUUGGAAAAGCAACGGCGAGCACCUUUGGAGGUUCUGGACGACGUCAAUCCCGACGUCAUCCCAGAGCCAGACUACGACCCUGAGUUUGAGCCCACGAAGACCAGCGUGAUUGCACUGAUCGUGAUCGUGCCAGCCAUGCUAUGCUUAAGCGUCUUCUGCAUCGUAAUGUGCUUCACGCGAAAUAAAAAAUCAACGACUGCCCCCGACAUGGAAAAGGGAUUGGAUGCUGCGGAAGAGCAGAACCGACAGGAGCCCGAUGUGAAGAUACCUGGGCAUCCAACGAAGCCUGCCCGGGAUAAUCACACCAAAAAAGCCGGCGCGCACAAAGCAUCCCGCGAUGGACCAAAGAAAGAAAGGCCACGCAAAUGAAAGUGCGGGCAGUCCCCCGACUUACGAACGGGUUCCUUAUUCCUGAGGCCUGUUCAAAAGUCAAACUGUUCGGGUUCACAAAUAAAGACAGAUAAACACAUGCCGCACACUCACUUUCACACACACACACAUGCUGGAGUUUGCAGGGAUUGUGUGGUGCCACGGCCUCGAAACCACUCUGCAAACUCCGCGACCACACACUGAAUACACACAUACACACAGCGCACACACGUAGUGUC